AUGUAUGUCGCAAGAGCAUCAACAAGACUUCCGAUCUCCAAGCAGUCUGCUGCACAGCUCUCGAGAGCAGUGGCCAGCUUUUCUCAGUGUCAUCCAGUCUCGAACAGCACAGCAAGUCUUGGUUUGACGACUGGUCUCUACCAACCUCGCCGUCAAUUCUCUUCCACGCGCAAAACACAACUCCGAGAUAUCUUCCCUUCUCCAGACCAUGAGCACAUCAAGAAGACUGAAGCUGCAUGGCCACAUCCCCCAUAUGAUGAACAGAAGAUGAGAAAGGAUAUCUACUACGCCCACCGAGAGCCAAAAGACUUCUCCGACAGAAUAGCUCUAUUCAUGGUCCGUCUGCUUCGAUUUGGAAUGGACACUGCAACCCGAUACAAGCAUGAUGUCGAAGUGCCAAAGAAGGUUGGUGAUAGCAAUGCGGUCGUAGAGACCAAGCCGUACGGUAUGAGCGAACCCAAGUGGCUCGUCAGAAUGGUUUUCCUCGAAUCAGUUGCGGGUGUCCCAGGAAUGGUCGCCGGCAUGAUCCGCCACCUCCACAGCUUAAGACGACUCAAGAGAGAUAAUGGAUGGAUUGAAACACUUUUGGAGGAAGCCUACAAUGAGCGAAUGCACCUUCUUACAUUCCUCAAAAUGGCUGAGCCUGGCUGGUUCAUGAAAUUCAUGAUUCUUGGAGCUCAGGGUGUCUUCUUCAACUCGAUGUUCCUCUCCUACCUCAUCUCACCCAGAACAUGUCAUAGAUUUGUCGGAUAUUUAGAGGAGGAGGCUGUCCUUACAUAUACGCUUGCUAUUCAAGAUAUUGAAGCCGGCAAACUUCCUAAAUGGUCCGACCCCAAGUUCCAGAUCCCCGAAUUGGCUGUCAAUUACUGGAAGAUGCCCGAGGGCUCCAGAACUAUGAAAGACCUCUUGUUGUACAUCAGAGCAGAUGAGGCCAAGCACCGGGAGGUCAAUCAUACUUUAGGCAAUCUUGAUCAGAAGGAGGAUCCCAACCCCUUUGUAAGCGAAUACAAGGACACCGACAAGCCGCAUCCUGGCAAAGGCAUCGAAAACAUCAAACCACUCGGAUGGGAGCGAAAUGAUGUUAUUUGA